CCACAAGUCUAAACCGGAAGUGAGAUAGUGACCCGUUUCAUGUAAAAGGUAUUCCCGGAAGAUAAGUUUCGUCGAUGAUGAUGUACUAAAUCAGGUGGAUCGACCCCUCUCUCAGUAGGAAUGCCGGGCAGAAUGGACAAUGGGGAGUUUGGGGGGAGCCUUCCUGCCAUCGCCUCUCUGAAUGCGUCCUACUCCACCACUGUAUCCCUCCCCUCUCCCCACUACCUGGUGGUGCCCCCUGGGGAGAAGAAGGUCAUCUCGGAUGUCCGUCGCACCUUUUGCCUCUUCGUCACCUUUGACCUCCUCUUCAUCUCCCUGCUGUGGAUCAUCGAGCUCAAUAUCAAUAACUCCAUUUGGCAGAGCCUUGAGCUAGAGGUUGUCAAGUACAACUUCCAGUCCUCCUUCUUUGACAUAUUUCUCCUUGCCUUGUUUCGUUUCCUGUGUCUCCAGUUGGGCUAUGCUGCUCUGCGUCUGAGGCACUGGUGGGUCAUUGCGAUCACCACUCUAGUGACCAGCUCCUUCCUUGUAGCCAAAGUCAUCCUCUCCAAUCUGCUAUCCCAGAAUGCCUUUGGCUACGUGUUGCCCAUCACAUCCUUUGUGGUGGCGUGGCUGGAGACGUGGUUCCUGGACUUCAAGGUGCUCUCCGUAGAGGCUGGUGAUGAGCGAGCCUACCUAGCAGCAGUGAACGCAGCGUCGGAGCGAGCUCCCAUGAUCUACCCUCGCGCUGUGUCUGAAGGACAGUUCUACUCUCCACCUGAAUCCCUUGCAGGGUCUGAGGAGGACCAGGAUGAGGAGGGGCUGGGUCGCAGGGCAGUCUCCCAUCAGGAGAAGGAGCUGGUGAGGCAGGGUAAAGAGGCCAUUUUCGUGGUGGAACAGAUCCUGGCCCAGGAGGAGAACUGGAAGUUUCAGAAGAACAAUGACGCGGGGGAUUCUGUGUACACACUGGAGAUCCCCUUCCAUGGAAAGACCUUCAUUCUCAAGGCCUUUAUGCAGUGUCCAGCAGAGCUGGUGUACCAGGAAGUGAUCUUACAGCCAGAGAAGAUGGUCCAUUGGAACAAAACUGUUUCUGGCUGCCAGAUCCUCCAGAGGGUUGAUGACAACACGCUGGUGUCGUACGAUGUCUCUUCCGGGGCAGCAGGGGGGGUAGUGUCUGCCAGGGACUUUGUGAAUGUGCGGCGGGUGGAACGCAAACGAGACUGCUACAUCUCUGCUGGCAUGGCAACCGACCACGACGCCAAGCCUCCGCACAGUCGCUAUGUCAGAGGUGAGAAUGGUCCAGGAGGGUUUGUGGUCCUGAAGUCCAGCAGUAACCCCUCUGUUUGUACCUUUAUCUGGGUGCUCAACACAGACCUCAAGGGUCGACUGCCCCGCUACCUUAUCCACCAGAGUCUGGCUGCCACUAUGUUUGAGUUCAUGGCCCAUCUACGCCAACGCAUUGCUGACCUACGGUCCACUCGCUAGAUGCCCUUUCACUUACUUCCUGUAGAGAAGCUGAAUGCCUGCAAUCCACAGCUCCACCACAGGUUUGGAGGCGUCACUGCAGAUUUUUGGGAACACCUACAGUUGGAAGUGCACCUGAGAUUAUGGUGGAUAUCAAACUUACUUAAACUAGACGAAAGUCAACAGCAUAGAGGAUGGGAGACUGGUGUGUCUGCACUUUUACCGGUCUUUUAGACGUGAGGAGGUCUGGGGCUGUCGGAGGAGAUUUCCUCCUCUCCCAUAGACUCCAUGUUGUUUUUAAACACAGUUACACACAUUUUUAUGUAACUUUUCUGCUGUUUCUCUCACUGUGAUGCCAGUGCUGGCUGCAACUCCCUCCAGCCAAGAAGUCUAACAGUGUUGAAAGUGUAAUGGAGUUCGGACUAUGCUUGACGAGACUUGAUGAAGGUGGACGUCUUUUUGACUGCGUAGGAAGAACUGGUACAAUGACUGUGGGUUUGCUGCAUCAGACCUCUAUCUCUAACUCUGAGCCUUAUUCUACUGUACAUUUAUGUUAGCCAUUGACUGGCUGUUUUUGCUUUUUUCUUGUCAUUUCUCCACUGUCUUCACCGUGUUUCUCUGGUAACCGGGGAAACGGCUACACAUGACCACAUCAUAAACAAAAAUGGAACUGUUGGAACACAAUGAACCCAUAGCGUGUCCCUUUUUUCCUCGUUGACCCUCACUGCACUGUGAUCCAGGGAAGCAGAUUGUAAGGGUGCUGUGGUCCUCCAGCCACUAGAGGGCGACACACCACUGAUCUACUGACAACAGGAGACAACCUACUUAAUGGAGCUCAAGAUGGAUGGUUUGAUGAGUUAUCGGUCGCUCAUGGGUUCAUAAAGAGAUUCAGAAACUCUACUCCUCUGUGCCAAGCCUUACCAUAGCCCCGUGUAGCUCAGUUGGUAGAGCAUGGCGUUUGCAACGCAAGGUUUGUGGGUUCGAUUCCCACGGGGGGCC